AGGAGGAGAGAGAGAGGGAGGUGAGCCAUAGACAACAACAAGGCGGAGCUGAGCGGGCAAGCGAGAGCCGGGACAGAGUUGCGCUGUAUACACCAAACGCAGACCCGGGCGAAACGACAGGAAACCCCGGUGGACUACCAGCGGACGUAUCUAUGUGGCUACCAGGAGUCGGAAGCAGAAAUAUUUUAUCAUAUUAAAAGGGUCUUAAGCUGAUCCCCUUUUUGGACUGUGGCCCGCACUUUCCUUUGAGUGGCAGCCCGGCAGAAAGAGACACACAACCGGCGACACCUUCUGCCCACUCCCCCACCCCCCCGGCCUGGCGCAAGGAAAGAAAGAAGCAAGCACCGUUGCAGAUAUUUUUCCCAGUUUGCGCCAAAACAGCUGUGUGGAUUGCAUUUUGUGGUGUAUUGUUUUCUCAGAUAGAUGUUGGCUUGCUCUGUACAUUUCUUCCUUUGGACGACACAAUAGCUCAAGCAGAGGACCCGCUCGAUCAUUCCACCGCACGGUGAGCGCGACCAGUAGGUCUCUGCGUGGGGAGGCGUUGCGCUUGGAGCCCGUUGGGACAAGAGGAAGAAAAGCGGCGCCUGGGAUUUGAAUCGGAUCUGGAAUGAAUCUGUCGCCUUUUGUUUUGAUAUUAGACCUUGUGGAAAGAGCUCAGACUUCACGAAAGACACUGAGCUUUGUCAGUAAGGUGUCCAAAGCUAACUAGUUUAACAUUUUUGUAAGAAUUUUUAGCUUUAAAAAAUCUUUUAAAUAGGAAUUUUUAUUUUACCGUGCUUUUCUUUAAUUUGGUACAUAACACAAGAUCGAUUGAUAAGUUUUUCUUAAUUCAAAAGCAAAUUGCAAAUUGAAAUCCCUGGAUAAUUGCAACAUUUUGUUCCGAGACAAGUGGAGACAAUAUCGUGCUUUUCUCCUUUGUUUUCUGGAUCUCGGCAUCUUUUCGGUGGAUCGACAUAGCAGAUCUUGGAUUUUGUGGAUUCCCCCUCCUCCCCCUUUCUCGGUCGUGCUGGAUACAGUUUUGGUUCUCCCUCCUCCUCCUCCCCCACACUCCCUCGCUCUCCGAUGCGGAGUGCCUGAUCAGCCCCGGUGUCCUCUACCCAGCGGCUGUCGGAGAUGCUGAAGUGUAUGCCGUUGUGGCGCUGCAAUCGCCACGUCGAGUCGGUGGACAAACGGCACUGCUCUCUGCAGACGGUGCCCGAGGAGAUAUACCGCUACAACCGGAGUCUAGAGGAGCUGCUUCUGGAUGCCAACCAACUAAGAGAACUGCCUAAGCCCUUCUUUCGGCUGUUGAACCUACGGAAGCUUGGCCUAAGCGACAAUGAGAUCCAGAGGCUGCCGCCUGAGGUGGCCAACUUCAUGCAGCUGGUAGAGCUGGACAUCUCCCGCAAUGACAUUCCUGAGAUCCCCGAGAGCAUUAAGUUCUGCAAAGCACUAGAAAUUGCAGACUUCAGUGGAAACCCCCUGUCAAGGCUCCCUGACGGUUUCACCCAGUUGCGCAGUCUGGCACACCUGGCUCUCAAUGACGUGUCUUUGCAAGCUCUGCCCAAUGAUAUUGGCAAUUUAGCCAACCUGGUCACACUGGAACUGCGAGAGAACCUGCUCAAAUCCCUGCCCACGUCCCUGUCAUUCCUAGUAAAGCUGGAACAGCUGGACCUGGGCAGCAAUGAACUGGAAGUCUUGCCGGACACCCUGGGUGCUCUACCCAACCUGCGGGAGCUGUGGCUGGACCGCAAUCACCUGUCCUCGCUGCCACCGGAGCUGGGUAACCUCCGCAGGCUGGUGUGUCUGGAUGUGUCGGAAAACAGAUUGGAGCAGCUGCCCUCAGAGCUGAGCGGUCUGUUGGCCCUCACUGACCUGUUACUGUCCCAGAACCUCCUGGAGACACUGCCGGACAGCAUCGGAUGCCUGAAGCAGCUGUCCAUACUGAAGGUGGACCAGAACCGGCUCACCAGCCUGACGGAUUCCAUAGGGGAGUGUGAGAACCUCUCAGAACUGAUGCUGACGGAGAACCUCCUGCAGACACUGCCUCGCUCUCUAGGGAAGCUGAAGAAGCUGACAAACCUCAAUGUGGACAGGAACCGGCUCACCUGUCUGCCAGUGGAGCUGGGCGGCUGUACAGGCCUCAAUGUCCUGUCUCUACGGGACAACCGUGUUGCCAAGCUGCCUGCUGAGCUUGCCAGUGCCACGGAGCUGCAUGUGCUAGACGUGGCCGGGAACAGGCUGCAGAACCUGCCCUUCGCCCUGACCAACCUCAACCUGAAGGCCAUGUGGCUGGCAGAGAACCAGUCCCAGCCCAUGCUGAAGUUCCAGACAGAGGACGAUGAGAAGACGGGGGAAAAGGUGCUGACCUGCUACCUGCUGCCUCAGCAGCCUUCGCCAAGCCUUGAGAACCUCCUGCAGAACAGUGUGGACGACAGCUGGACUGACAGCAACCUGAACCGGGUGUCGGUCAUCCAAUUCCAGGAGGAGACCAAGCCAGAGGCAGAGGAUGAGGACACCGCAGCUGAGCGCAGGGGGCUGCAGCGCAGGGCCACUCCCCAUCCCAGUGAGCUGAAGGUGAUGAAGAAGGUGAUCGAGGAGAGGAGGAAUGAGGGCUUCACCGCCCGGCCAGAUGGUGAUGAUGAGACUCCUGAAAGAGAGGAGAAGCGUCUGAGCGGGCUAUCCAGUCAGAGGAGCCAGGACUCCCAGGCUUCCAGUAGCACGGCCUCUGCCAGCUCCCAGGAGGAAAGGCAAGGACAGGCUGACGCUGUGGGGGUGCCAGGGGAGGAGUCUCCCAAGGGCCAGGCCGAGGAGCAGGAGGAGGAGGGCCUGGGCGACGAGAUGGAGGUGGAGUAUAUUGAGCCAACAGUGCACUUCGCCGAGGAGCCCAUCAUCCGGGGGGGCGAGGAGGAAGAGGAGGACGAGGAAGAGGAUGGAGAGAGGAGCGAGGGAGAGGAGGAGAGGCCGGCCUUCCCCAUGGAGAAGCAGCGGCUGAUUCGAAAGGACACACCACACUACAAGAAGCACUUCAAAAUCACCAAGCUGCCCAAGCCCGAGGCUGUGGCUGCGCUGCUGCAGGGCCUGAGUGCUGAAGUGCUCCCUCCGGCUGAAGAUGGCGAGGGGCCAGAAGUGGUUACGCAGCCCCUGCCAGGAGAUGAGCUGGACUGGGGCGAGAGCAGGCUGAGUGACCGGGGCAGUGCAUCCUUACAGCCUGUCAAGGGGGUGUCAUUUGAUCAAGUCAAUAAUCUGCUGAUUGAGCCUGCUCGAAUUGAGGAGGAAGAGCUGACGCUAACUAUCCUGCGGCAGACUGGGGGCUUGGGAAUCAGUAUUGCAGGGGGGAAAGGCUCCACACCCUACAAGGGGGAUGACGAGGGCAUCUUCAUCUCCAGGGUGUCUGAAGAGGGGCCUGCUGCUCGCGCUGGAGUCAAAGUGGGAGACAAGCUGUUAGAGGUGAAUGGUGUUGACCUGCAUGAUGCCGAGCACCACAAGGCAGUGGAGGCAUUGCGCAGCUCUGGCUCGGCGGUGUCCAUGACGGUUCUUCGUGAGCGGAUGGUGGAGCCCGAGAACGCCAUCACCACGACGCCGCUGCGGCCCGAGGAUGACUACUUCCCCCGCGAGCGCCGCAGUGGCCUGCCCUUCACCCCCAACAGCCCUGGCGCCUCAGGCCCCUGCCAGCGCCUCUCCACCUGCCUGGUGCGCAAUGACAAGGGGCUGGGCUUCAGCAUUGCCGGGGGCAAGGGCUCCACACCCUACCACACCGGAGACACGGGAAUCUUCAUCUCUAGAAUUGCGGAGGGAGGCGCUGCCCAUCGAGACGGCACGCUGCAUGUUGGCGACAGGGUGAUCACUAUCAAUGGUGUAGACAUGACAGAGGCCAGGCAUGAUCAGGCAGUAACGCUCCUUACCGGCACCUCCCCCACCAUCACCCUGCUGGUGGAGCGCGAUGUGGGGGACCCUGCGGCAGACAGCGCCGGCCUGGGGGGCUCCCCGGCGCUGGCCCGCGCCCGGCCUCAUUCCCCCCCACCCCCUGAGCCCUGCGACACCCCUGACCAGGAGGACAUAAGCGAGGACAGGGCCUAUCCACAGGACAACCACCUAAGCCGCCAGUUGGAAGACGAAUACCCCAUAGAGGAAGUAACGCUAAUGAAGGCUGGUGGUCCCCUGGGGCUAAGUAUUGUGGGAGGCAGUGACCAUGCCAGCCACCCGUUUGGCAUCAGUGAGCCAGGGGUCUUCAUCUCCAAGGUGAUUCCCCAGGGGCUGGCAGCUCAGAGUGGUCUUCGAGUGGGAGACAGGAUCUUGGAGGUCAACUCCAUCGACCUGCGGCAUGCCACACACCAGGAGGCUGUCCGUGCCUUGCUCUCCAACAAGCAGGAAAUCAGGAUGCUAGUGCGCCGAGAUCCCGCACCGCCUGGCAUGCAGGACAUUGUUAUUGAGAAGCUGGCUGGUGAGAAGUUGGGCAUCAGCAUCCGGGGAGGAGCCAAAGGUCACGCGGGCAAUCCCUUUGACCCUACUGAUGAGGGCAUCUUCAUUUCCAAGGUGAGCUCCAGCGGCGCAGCGGCGCGGGAUGGCCGCCUCCAGGUGGGCAUGCGGAUCUUGGAGGUGAAUGGCCACAGCCUGCUGGGCAUGACGCACACCGAGGCCGUCAGGACCCUGCGAGGCGUGGGCGACACGCUUGCCGUGCUGGUCUGCGAUGGCUUCGACCCUAGAGAUGCUGCCGCUGUAGAGGCCUCUCCAGGUGUCAUUGCCAACCCCUUCGCUGCAGGCAUCGGACGCAAGAACAGCAUGGAGAGCAUCUCCUCCAUCGACAGGGAGCUGAGCCCUGAGGAGAUGGACAUCAUCCAGAAGGAGGUGGAGAUGGUGCGUGAGGCCUCUCAGUGGGAGAGGGAGGAGAUAGAGAAGGUGGAGCGAAUGCGCCUGGAGCGCGAGGAGGCAAACCGGUUGCUGGAGGAGGAGGCCGAGAACUUCAGCCCAGGACCUCUGAAACUGGACUACAAGACCCUAGCCGCUCUUCCCACCACAAGCCUGCAGAAAGUCACACGGCUUGAUCUCUGUGCCACUCACACUGAUCUCAUGGAGGCCUCCCUGCAGGUCCACGUUAACACACCCAUUAAACCAUUGGGGUUUAAGACUGGGGACCCCUCUGGAAGAGAGCGGAAUCCUUUUCAUAUCGGGCCUGAUGUCCUCAUCACUGCUUCGCUCCCCUCUUGCCUGAGCGCGGAGAGUGAUGCUAGGCCCAUGCAGGCCAGACCACAGCCUGCUGAGAACAACCUUACAACCGUCCCAUACGAGAUGAGACCCCAGGCUCCCCAGGUUUCCCACAGUCCUUCACAGCAGAUAAUGCCGCCCGUUGUGAGACACGAAGCACCUCCUGCAGCAGAGGAAGCAGAGGAGAGCCUGGUGGACUCUCAGCCCAUUUGUUUCAACGAGAAUCCCUUCCUGGUGGCCAACCGAAACGGCAAGGGCAAGCCCCCAGGGGAGCGCGUCCUGUCGGGCCCACCAGUGGGCUACGGCAGGAAGGGCCAGCUCCAGACCAGCCUGUACUGCAAGUCGUCCUCCUCUGAACCCAUGGGGUUGAGCAGCCCCAGCAAAGAUGCCCUGUACUCUCCGUCUUCACAGCCGGCUAGUAUUAAUUUCCUCUCCAAUGCAGCUCCCAAGGAAAACAAAUCAACCAAACCUGGCGUGAUACAGCCUCUCUCUAGGCUGUGGCAGAACGCCCCGCCUGCCAGUCAAGAUGGCCAAAGCAGUCCCAGCUCUUUCCAGCGUGGCCUCCCUCUCACAGAGUCCCACACUUCUCCAUGCGCCCCCACCCCCCUCUCGCCUGACGAGUUCCCCGUUAACGUCAAACAGGCCUACAAGGCCUUUGCGGCUGUGCCCAGUGCCCACGCGGUGCUGGAGCUGCGGCAGGAGCCCUUUGUCCAGACCCGGAAGACCAAUGCUCUGCCCCUCCAACCUUCCCCAGAGGUCAGACCCUUACCAUCUCCUGCUCAGCCGGAGCUGGAAAAUGAGGUGUUUGUGCCAGAGGAGGAGGGAAGGGGAGAGGGGGAGGGGGCGGCCGCAGCCCCCUCCACAGCCCAACGCCCCCUGGCCUCGGACAGCGGGGACCCUUCCUCUCACCGCCAGGACUAUCUUAGCCUGGCCGCAGUGCCGCGCAUCACCAGGCCCUCCCUGGAGCUGCAGGUUCCCACCUCGAGUGGGUUGGAAAGCCCGGAGCAGCGCUCCUUCCGGGACAGACAAAAGUACUUCGAGAUCGACAUGAAGCAGCAGACGCUGGACAGCAAGCCCAAGCCACGCGUCUCACUGGUUGGAGAAGACGACCUGAAGAAGAUGAAGGAGGAGGAAGUGAGGAAAAUGGAACAGCGGGCCCAGGAGCUCCUUCUGGAUGAGGAAGACGAGGAGGAGGAGGAGGACCUGGCCAAGCAGAUGGCGGAGAUGAAGGCCCAGGGGAAGGUGGUGAUUGACGGGGUGGAGUACAAGAUUGAGAGAGUGGAUGGCCACAGCUCCACCUCCCCCACCACAGGGCUCCCUCAGUCAGGAGACAGGAGAGGAGACUCACUGAGGAACUCUCUGGAGGAUGACUUCAGGCCCGAGCAGAGACCCAACUCCAUGACUGGCCUCAGCCCAGUCUACCCCAGUGAGCCUAGCGCUCCGAUCCGCACAGCCAAGGCGGAACGCCGGCACCAGGAGAGGUUGCGCAUGCAGAGCCCGGAGCUGCUGGUUGGCCAGGACAAGGAGCUUUCGCCCGCAGAGAAACGCGCCUUGGAAGCCGAGAAGCGGGCCAUGUGGAGAGCCGCACGACCCCGGGGGCUGGAGGAAGAUCUUAGGCAGUAUGAACAGGACCUGGCCAAGAGGCUGUACCAGUCUCGACAGAGGGCAUCGCAGGGCGCUGCCGCCAGCCCCCUGCCCAUCGCCUCCCAGCACAGGAUGAAAUCUCUGGAGCAGGAUGCUCUGAAGGCCCAGAUGGUCAUUGCCAAGUCAAAGGAGGGGAAGAAACGCAACACUCUGGACCAGCUGGCGGAGUCACCCUCUCCUGCCCCCACACCUUCGCCCACACCCCUGGAAGAUUACAGCCCCAGAAGCGUGACGUCGCCGGGGAGACUGUCCCUGUCGGAAAAGAAGUUUGACUACCGACAGUUUGCUGCAAUUCCUUCUUCCAAACCUGUAUACGACAUCCAGUCUCCGGACAUCAGCGGAGACAUUCAUUUCAUAGACGACAAUUCUAACAGUCCAGCACCCCCUGUGGACACAGAGGCAGAAGUGCACAUCCCCCUGCCCACCACCUCUGCCAUAGAGGAGAUGGCGCUCUACAGCAACAGGAGGAAACUGCGACACGGGCGGAGGAGCCUGGAGACAGCGGUGCCCACAUAACACUAAUGCAGAUAGACAGUGA